CGUGAAUGAUGAACUCUGCAGAAUUGAACAAAAAACAUGACAACUCUACCAAUUAAUGGAUCUUUCAAAAACGAGACCUCGCUCCCACCAGAGCAGAUCUGGAGCACCACUAAUCAUGUGGUGUAUGCUGUACUGCUGAUCACGUGGUUGCCGUCUUUUGUGAUGUUUGUGCUCAUGGCGUGUCUCUUCAACCGGGUGACUACCUUCAUGGAGAGCACCAAAUACAUCCUCUUCAUGAACUUGAUGACCAGCGACAUGCUCUACGUGUUCAUAUCGGGAAUGAUGAUGACAAUAAGAUUGGAGCGCAUCUCGAUGAUUCGCGUGCUUUGCUGUUUUUUAAUCAACCUGAGUAUGGCGCUUCAUAUCAACAGCACCCUUACCAUCACGGCCAUGGCUCUGGAGCGCUGCUUGGCUAUAUGCCAGCCACUGCGAUACCACCAACUGGCCCACCGACAGUCCGGCCUGCAGGUAGUUGCUGGCGUCUGCUUACUGUCUCUGUCAGUGCCAACCAUCCGUCUUUUUCUUUGUGUAGCCAGUGGCCUGCUCUUCAUGACCCAGCACCAAAUUGUAUGUGAAAUGAACGAGUUGGAUGCAGACAUGCCGUAUGGAGUGGCAGCAACUAUUAUCCGUGACACGUUUUUGUACACGGUAUUUAUAUUUUCUGUGUUGUUAGUAGCAAUGUCCUAUGCCAUGACGGCUCGGGCCGCUAAGAGGGCCUCAGAGGGAUAUAGUAGCUUUUCUAAGGCUAGAAAGACCAUAAUCCUGCACGGAAUCCAGCUGGGUCUGUGCCUCCUGCCGGUGGCCAUGCCGAUGUUCCACAAGUCAGCAGAGUUAUUGCACCUGAAGGCUGAGGCCACGUUUAUAGUCAGGGUUACAUUCUUCUUAAUGCUGCACGUGAUUCCUCGCUUCAUGAGCCCCUUUUUGUACGGCAGCAGGGAUGAGGAGAUUGUGAAACACGUUCGGAAAUUAGUGUAUGUUCAUUCAAAGAGAGUGAUGCCAUAGUGGUCAUGCUUCCUUAAGAAAAAGGAUCAGCAUUUGUGAGGCUAUUAAAUGCCUUAGCAUCUCAACGUUCCAUUAAAUUCGAUACUAUUAUAAACACGAAUUAAUGGAAUUGUCCAAACAUCCCAAUAUAGGGCUACGGAGCUUUGGAAAAUUGUUAGGCCCGGUUCAAGAUGCGUUUUCGCUUGCCUAUGGUUUCCUGCACUUCUCAAUGUAACAAAAACUGUGUGCAUUACAGAAUU